GUGAUGAAAUAGCUAAUCUUAGGUUAAUUAGUCCUCCAGAGUCCAAAAGUAUAGUUCGGUGCAUUGACAAAUCGUCGAAUUAUCCAAUAGAGUAUUUUGAAAAUAUAAUUCAUAAGUUACCGUUUAAACUGUAUUAUAAAUUGGCAUGUUUAGUUUCUCACGGAAUAUUAUCACUAUACGAGAUUGAAGAGAAUAGAUUAGAUGAACGAUUGAAAAAUUUAAUUUCUGGAACGUAUGGUAACGUCCAAAAUAAUAAUCAAAAUCUAGAAGUAACAGUAUGGUACGCGUUAAAUCAGAUUACGAUGAAGGACUGGAAUCCUUUCAAUGUAGAACGUCAAGGUCGUCCAAUAACAGUUUUUGAACCUGCAAUAAAGAAUUUUAAGGGUGACUUUAAUGAUUGGCACCCCUCAAAUCCGAAUUUUCCUUUGGAAAACAAUUUUCGUAGUGUAUGGGUAAAUCAUGCCACUAUAACUCCUACAAAAAUUUAUUUUGAUGAACCUAAUUACGAGGCAUCAAAUCGCAUACUGCGUUUAUACAAAGAAAAAAUCGAUCGUUUUUUGCGUGUAACUUUUAAAGAAGAAAAUUUUGAUAAGUUAUUCGUUAACGAAGAAGAUGAUCUUGAUAUAACGGAUAGAAUUGUUGAUAUUUUAAAGAAAGGAUUCUAUUUAGCCGAGAGACAUUACGAAUUUUUGGCUUUCUCAUCAUCCCAAUUAAGAGAUCAAUCCUGUUGGUUUGUAGCAUCAGAUGGAGAUUUCAAUGCCAAUUAUAUUCGUUCUAUGAUGGGAGACUUUAGUGAAAUUAAGGGUCCUGCAUUAUAUGCAGCUCGCAUGGGACAAUGUUUUACAAGUACAAUAGGAACUUUGCAACCUGAACAUGUACAAUAUAUAGAUGAUAUUAAAAACAGAGAUUAUGUAUUUAGCGAUGGAUGUGGAAAAAUUUCACUGAGUUUGGCCGCACGUGCAGCAAAAGAACAUUUGGGAACCAAAAUUUCAGAUAAUGAUGAAAUUCCUUCCGUGUUUCAAAUACGGUUUGGUGGUUGUAAGGGGAUGGUUGCGGUUGAUCCAACUCUUAAAGGUGAUGUUUUGUGCAUUCGUCCAAGCCAAAGAAAAUUUAAAGCACCUGAUCCUUUAUAUUUGGAAAUCGUGAAAACUGUGAAAACCUCAUCACCUGGUUACUUAAAUAGACAGAUCAUAUUGUUAUUAUCAACUCUUGGUGUACCUGAUGACGUAUUUAUCCCUCUACAAAAUCAAAUGCGCGACGAUAUUAAUUCAAUUAUGACUGAUGAAAAUAAUGCACGAGAAAUUUGUAAACGUAAUAUGGGAACAAGAGAAACUUCUCACAUUAAGAGUACAAUUAUUAGUAUGAUUAAUGCGAGAAUGAUGCAAGGAAACAUCGAUCCUUUCUUAAAAGCCAUUUUAGAGUGCAAGCGUGUUUACACACUAAAGUCACUUAAAUAUAAAGCUCGUAUUUUGAUGCCUAAUUCAUUUCUUUUAUUAGGCGUUAUUGAUGAAACUGGAAUUUUAGAAGAAGAUGAAAUAUAUGUUCAAACUUCUACUAUUGUCUCUGAACAACAAACUUCCAAGUCGAAAGAUUGGAUUCCAGCCAUUAUUGCUAGAAACCCCUGUUUACAUCCUGGAGAUAUUAGGAAUGUUAAAGUAGUAGUUAAUGUUAAAGAAUUGUCUCAUUUAAAAAAUUGUGUUGUAUUUAGUCAAAAAGGAAAUAGACCUUUGCCGAAUAUGUUGGCUGGUGGUGACUUAGAUGGAGAUGAAUUUUUCGUUUGUUUCGAUAAACGAAUUUUCAUACCAAGGAAUGAGGAACCAAUGGUUUACGAUUCUCAAGGAAAAGAAGACCUGAAAAGACCAGUUGUAAUGGAUGAUAUUUGUAAUUUCUUCAAAAACUUUAUGCUAAAUGAUCGACUCGGACAAAUUGAUAAUUUACAUUUAGCACAUGCAGAUUCUAAUUCAAAAGGUGUUAAAUCUACGGGAUGUAUAGUUUUAGCAGAACUGCAUUCGCAAGCAGUUGAUUUCAAUAAGACUGGAAUACCAGUAAAAACAAAAUUACCUAAUAUUGACGAGAAUCCGGAUUUUAUGGAAGUCAAAUGCAAGCCUUCAUAUAAAUCUGAAAAAAUUCUUGGUAAAUUAUAUCGAAAUAUUAAACUUCAUGAAUAUGAAAGUGAUCCAAUAUUAAAGUAUAAAGAACAUAAAAUAACCGUUAAUGAUGAUUUUAUAUUUGAUGGAUAUCAAAAAUGUAUGGAUAAAGAAGCUAUUGUCAUUCGUAACUUGUACAAUGGUGAGAUUCGUAAACUUAUGAAAACCUAUAGAGUUAAUAAUGAAUCAGAAAUUAUAACAGCAGAAUUAUUAGGUAUAAAACAGAUGGAAGGUAGAAAAAAUCAACAUAAACGAGAUGUGAUUUCGGAUGAAGUAUCCAAUAUUAUUAAUAGAUAUCGUAAACAAUUUUUGAAUGGAAUACAAGAUGAUACAAAUAAUGAUAGUAAUAAUACAAAUCACGGCAUAAAACCUAUUAAAAUUCCCAUAAAUGAAAAAUCGAAAGCAAAAGCAUCAGCAUGGUAUCACGUCACUUAUGAUCAUCCUGAAAAAGAUAGUAAUAUUAUUUUAUUAAGUUUCCCCUGGGUUGUAUCGGAUAUAUUAUUAGCAAUCCGUAAGGAGAAACAUGAAAGAACGAAUUAAAUUAAAAAGGUUAAACAGUGAUUAUUAUUAAAUGAGAUUAAAUUUUUGUAUAAUCUUUAGUAUCCCUUUGCA